GCAUGGAGGAGAAGGGCACUGGAACUCAACAGUCAAAAGCAGGAAACGGUUCAAGAUCCGAACCUUCGCAGGGUUCUGACACCACGACAAUCCCUCCGAGAAGCAUACAAAACUGUACCCCUUCAUGUUACUUUCCUCGCUCGCUACCAUCAUCAACUCCAGUUCCAGAAGUGAUCGCCAUCGUUCGCUCUCUUCUCUGAACUUGUUGCUUCUCCAAGAUCUGCAUUUUCUUGUUCUUGCCUUCUGUUGGCGGUGCAAAGAAAUGGGGAGAAUGGAUUAUCUGGCGAUGAGGACCAAUCCGGCCAUGGACGACCUGAUCAGCUCCGACAUCUUCGAGCUCAAGGUUGCUGCUAAGAGGCUUUUCAAUCAUGCCACCCAGCUAGGUGGUCUCGGCUUCGGCACCACUUUCCUCAAGUGGACUGCAUCCCUCGCUGCCAUAUACCUGUUGAUACUGGAUCGCACGAACUGGAGGACCAACAUGCUGACCUCGCUCUUGGUCCCUUACGUUUUCUUCAGCCUGCCUUCGUCCUUGUUUCACAUGGUGAGAGAUGAUAUUGGAAAAUGGGUUGCUUUCACUGCAGUGGUGCUGAGGCUCUUCUUCCCCCGCCAUUUCCCAGAAUGGUUGGCGAUGCCGGGCUCGUUGAUCCUGCUUCUAACAGUGGCGCCCCACUUCUUCGCGCACACGCUGCGAGACCGCUGGAUCGGAGUCCUGAUAUGCCUUCUCAUUGGGUGCUACCUCCUGCAAGAGCACAUCCGGGCGACGGGCGGGUUCAGGAAUUCCCUCACACAGACGCACGGGAUAUCCAACACGCUUGGGAUCGUGCUUCUAAUUGUGUUCCCAGUUUGGGCGCUCGUGCUUCACUUCUUCUAAGAGAUCAUACCGUUCCAUCCUAGUAAUCCCUCUCUAUGUCCUGGAGUUGUUACUUUGGCUCAGGAUCAUGAUGUAUGUCAAUGCGGGAACUGAUCCUGAUACCUGAAGCUAAGAUUUCAUUUUAGGGCAGGUCCUCAGUUUACUAGCGAUUAUGCUUUGUUUUGUUUGGUUGUACUAACGAACUGUAGCUGCUGAUGGGUAUUAAAAAUGGCACUAUCUUCCUGUA